UCGUAGAAUUGUAGGACUGAGAAGGGACCACAUGCGGUCAUCUAGUCCAACCCCAUGCAGUGCAGGAAUCACAGCUGGAGAAACCCUGAUGGUGUGGUGGGAGAAAGACUCACCUGUUGAAUUUCCGCCCGACACGCAUCUUUUCAAAGGCGGUGGAGUCGGGGAAGAAUCUGGCAGUCCGAGAGAUGGAACAACACUGGAAUCUGAUUAACUGGAGGCAGGGCAGAAUGCGAUAACUUAUGGAUAGAGUUCUUGCCGGAGAGAAAUGAGAAGUGGGUUGAACGUGGCAGUUAGAAUUCAGUGUUUGCAAGCGUGUUGGACAAGGAUAAUAGCCCCAGUCCAAGUGGUGUAAGAGAAGAGCUGUUGGAUCAGGUCUCCUAGUCCGUUAUCCUGUUCUCAUAGGGGUAGACUGCCCCUGUCAGUGGAGGUACACCUUUAGUGGACAGCAAUAUAUUUUACUGCGAGCGAUGGGGGGCUUUUGCAUUAAUUCUCCUCGUCUUCCUCCUCCAGCUCUCUCGCUAAAAUGCUACUCUUGCGCCACACAUUCGAACAGCUCCCACUGCAUGAUUCCCACAGUGUGCUCAGAGCUUGACAAGUACUGCAAGACCACGGUUGCGCCAUCGGAGACGGGCUCCUCAAGCACGGCACAUGUCUCCAAGACGUGCGCGGCGGAAUGCACCGAAAUCAACCACCACGGCGUUUCCACCUCCUGUUGCCAGAGAGACUUUUGCAACCGGAACGGAGCGGCCAGAACGUGGCUCGGCAACGUGGAGCUGGCCAUCGUGGUUCCUCUUGCCAGCGCAAUUCUCUGGGUUGGAGCUUGAAGCUUCGGGCAAAGAACUUUCACCCAGAUUGUUCUCCUUUUCUAUUUGUGGGGCCAUAAAACUAUAGAUCACAUUCACUGGGGGGCACUGGGGGUGGGAAAUUGAAUUCUAAGUUCAUUUCAAAGGAACAUUCCUGUCCUAAGUGCAUUUUCUCUGAAGUUAAAGUCCUGUGGAUUUGAUAGAACUAAAUUUGGGUGAGCCUCCUUAGGAUUCCCCAGUCUUGUUUUAAUUCCCAUCCUCAAUUGGUUAUAAUCUGUAUGUGAAAAGUGUGUUUUCAUCAAUAAAACACAG